ACUCCUUUGCUUCACAACCACUGGUCCAUCAAACCGCCUCGCUCGAUCUUUCAGGAGAAGCCGGGCAUUUAUAGCAGCUAGGCGAUCUCAUUCUGAACAGAGAUCGAGUAGGCCAUGGAUAUCAGAAAGAAGGCCUAUGUGGUUGCCAUCAUCAUUCAGCUGAUCUACGCCGGCAUGUACGUCGUCUCCAAGGCGGCAUUCAACCAUGGGAUGAGCACCUUCGUCUUCAUCUUCUACCGCCAGGCAGCGGCCACUGUUCUAUUGCUGCCCCUCGCCAUUGUUCUCGAAAGGAGGAAUGCGCCAUCCAUGCCGUUCCGGUUGUUUCUGAAGCUAUUCUUCUAUGCAUUGCUAGGCAACACAUUGACUAUGAACAUGUACAACAUAAGCCUAAAGUACACCUCUGCAACUGUGGCAUCGGCAACAAGCAACUCUGUUCCUGUGGUCACCUUCUUCCUGGCAGUCCUGUUGAGGCUGGAGGUGGUGAGGCUGAGGAGCCCGUCGGGCAUGGCCAAGGCCGCCGGCGUGGCGCUGUGCCUUGCCGGCGUCCUGACCAUCGCCCUGUACACGGGCCCGUCCAUGAGCCCGGUGAACCACCACCGCGCCUUCGCCGGCAGCGGCGCCGCCGAGCACCAUGCGACCACCAGCAGCAGCAAGGGGACGUGGAUCAAGGGCACGUUCCUGAUGCUGCUGUCCAACACAACGUGGUCCCUCUGGAUCGUCCUGCAGGCCUCCCUGCUGAAGGAGUACCCCAACAAGCUGCUGUCGACGCUGGUGCAGUGCAUGCUCAGCACCGCCCAGUCCUUCCUCCUCGCCGUCGCCGUCGAGAGGAACCCCGCCGCCUGGAAGCUCAAGCUCGACGUCGGCCUCCUCGCCGUCGGAUACUCCGGCUUCGUGGUGACGGGCGUGUCGUUCUACCUGCAGGCGUGGUGCAUCGAGAAGCGGGGGCCCGUGUUCCUGGCCAUGUCUAACCCGCUGGGCCUCCUGCUCACCAUAUUCUGCUCCUUCUUCCUCGGCGAGAUCGUCCACCUUGGCAGCCUCCUCGGCAGCGCGCUCCUCGUCGGAGGGCUCUACAGCGUUCUCUGGGGCAAGAGCAAGGACCACCUGCACCAGCCGCCGCCGCCGCAGCCGCAGCCUAGUCAGGAGGCACCGAAGCAUCAGAGCACCGGUGGCGUCUGCAGCAACGACGACGACGACGAGGAGAAGCAACAGCAGCACAAAGAUGGUGAGGAGACGCAGCUCAAGGACUUGUUUGCAAUGGAGGCAUCGCCGCUGCGUCAUCAGGUCGGAUGAUCAGAGUUCAUCUCAGACACGCAUAUGUAUACGCGUACUGUAUAUGUACGUACGUAUACGUGCUAUGAUGUGUACUCCUAUAUAUCCUAGUAUUAUGCAUUUGUCUACUUAGAAAUUCCGCGUGCAAAGUAAUGUGGUUGUAUUGGGCUGAAAUUGUAGCAUCCAGCCCAAAUGAGAACUAUGGCUCAUCUGAGGCCCACGAGCAAAGAGCAAAAUAGCUGUAGACCUGUGUAGUUGAAAAACCUAGUGGGCGACGUGCCGAUGCUGUGCUCCGGCAGCUCCGCCCCUUGCCGGCGGCCGCCGCCGCUGGUAGGUGACGUGGAUAUGAUGCUGGCCACACUCCAUCGGCCCAACUAUUCUGUUCAUGGAAGAAGCAGCAAAUCUGUAUAUGGAGGGAGAAGAGCAAGAGCGCGUGAGGAGGAAUAUGCAUCUCAUAUCUUCUCGAUCGCCUCUCGUAAAACCACGGCUGAAGGGCCAAAUUUUGGUGAUUAAUUAGGCAUGCAGUGGUUAUUACUAUAAUCAUUGGAGAGUGUAAUCAUGUCAAAUUUACAUUUAAAAAAUAAAAAUUAUUGGCUAAAUUAUUGAUCAAA